AUGACUUCCCCGUACUUCAUGCAGACCAGAUCUGUUAUCACCCGCAGUGGAGCUACCGGUUGCACACCUGCAACUUCUCUCCGGUCCAAACUUUCCAGCAGACGGAGGGACGAGGACCCGGUUUCCUCUGUGGCGGUGAAGGUGGAGGUGGAGGAGUCGAGAGUAUCUGAGCAAAGACCCUCCUCGGCCUCCUCUUUAACCGGUAGUCAUGAACUCCUCCACCAGACCACUUUGCAGCCCAAAGCAGAAACAGAAGCGUUACCGGUGAAUCCACACAGCCGCAGGAGAAGACAGCUAAAGGUGGAAUAUGAGGAGGAUGACGGUCUUCCGCAGAUAAAGACGGAGCGCUGGGAACCCACGGACUGGAGGAAACAGCUGGGAUUCAUUCUUGAGAUGAGGAGCGGCCGAGACGCACCCGUAGAUAACAUGGGAGCAGAGAAAUGUUAUGACACGCAGGCUCCUGCACAUGUGAGACGCUUCCAGGUGCUGGUGUCACUCAUGCUGUCCAGUCAGACUAAGGACCAGGUGACAGCAGCAGCUAUGCAGAAGCUCAGAGCACAUGGCUGCACCGUGGAAAAUGUACUCGCCACUGAUGAUGAGACACUGGGAAAACUCAUCUAUCCUGUUGGUUUCUGGAGGACUAAGGUGAAGUACCUGAAACUGACAUCGGCCAUGUUGCAGAAGGAGUUCGGAGGGGACAUCCCAAACAGCGUGGAGGGUUUGGUCCGCCUGCCGGGAGUUGGACCCAAAAUGGCUCACCUGGCUAUGGACAUCGCCUGGGACCAGGUGUCCGGCAUUGGCGUGGACACUCAUGUGCAUCGUAUCUCUAACAGGCUGGGCUGGCUCAGGAAACAAACCAAGACCCCGGAGGAGACACGCAGGGCCCUGGAGGAGUGGUUACCCAGGGACCUGUGGAGUGAGAUCAACUGGCUGCUUGUGGGUUUUGGACAGCAGGUUUGUCUGCCUGUCAACCCCCUCUGCUCUGUGUGUUUGAACCAGCACAGCUGUCCGUCUGCGCACAAGAGCUCUCCUGCAAAGCGGCCUAAAGCUGGAUCACCGCGCUCCCCCAGUCCAUCCACCUCCCUUAAAAUAAAAGCUGAACGUGGACUGGAAGCUGCUGUCAAAGACGAGGUGAAAAAGACCAAGUCCCUGGCUGCACAUGUCUCCCCCACCACACAGAGACGCAGGAUAAAAACCAAGGUUACCUCUUGAUUUUUGUCAUCUCAGGCUUUUGUCUGAGCAACUAGCGGACAUCUAACACGGAGACAUACAACAUGCUUUUAUACACACUAAAAACAUAUGUUGUAUUAGAUAAAUUCAGAAUGUUUGUAGUUACUUUGAUUUGUGGUCUUUAUUUGACACUACAGUGGCAUGAUUUACAUUUUAUAUGAGAUUCAAUAUUUUUAUAAUGCUUUUGGGUUUUUUUUACCAAAUAAAAAAUGCUACUGAUGAUACUGUA